UUUUUUAAUAGCAUGACCGGUUCAAAAGUUAUGCGCAAAAAACGGUUUUUCGCACUUUCAUAAAGGGAUACAAAAUGAGGAUGCAGAAAUCAAAAUAAUGUGUUAUGCAGACGAUGCGGCUUUCAUUGCAGAAAGUGAAGAUGACGUACAAAAGUUAUGACACUUAUUCAACCUGACAGCCAAGUCUAAAUAUGGAAAUAUCACCGACCAAAACAAAGGGCUUAACAACAUCAAAAACCCCUUUAAGAUACAAACUGGAACUUGACGGUAGAGUAAUCCAACAGAAAAUGAAAUUUAACUACCUUGGCGUGGAACUUUCGGGCUUUGGGAAUAUUGAGGUGAGAAAUCAAACAACAAAAGCAAUUAGAAUAGCUGGCUAUCUGAAUGCCAUAUGGUGCAAUAAGAGUAGGGGAACGGACGCUAAAUCGAGGAUCUACAAAACCGUAGUGAGGCCAGUGAUAUAUCGAAGAAACCAGGCCAGAAACAGCAAAAACCAAAAGACUCCAAGAGACAGCUGAGAUGAAAAUACUCAACAUAUGAUAUAUCAAAAGCUACAAGAGAAAAUUUUCCAAAACUAGGCCAACCCAAACAUGCUAAAGAAAUUGAGAGUGAUAGAUGCAAGUUAUAAAAUACCUUCAGGUAUUUUUGACUUAAACAUGGCCUGGAUUGGAAGCCAUAAAGAGUGCAUAAACAUAGAGAGCAAGUUAAAUGAUAUAAAGGGAAAAUAUUGUUUAACAACUAUAGGCAUCGACAGCUCAACAGCUUUAAAAAGCAGCAGUUUAAAUGUACAGGGUGCGUUUGAGAAAAUGUACGCCAACUAUAAAACUCUGAAGGACUCUCCCUACAAUCCAGACUUCCAAAUGGCACUAGAACCUUCUGUUGGCAUCUGCAUGCCGCAUAAAUGCAAUAAUGUAGAUCUGGAAAGUAUUUGGUCGUUAUUUUUAUCUGUCAUUCCUUGGAGCGUAACAUGCCAAACGAAAGAAAGCAUCCGACCAAAGUUUACUAUUGAAGUAAUUCUGACCAUAUGUUUUUUUGGAACAUUUGUUUGCCUAAUGGUACUCUCAACCCUAUAUGAUAUAGUUAAAGAGACAAGAAAAGGUAAGCAUAUUAACCAUAUAACUAUCGUAAGCUUUAUACUUACGUCUACAUUGGGCUGAUCUGGUACAAACUAAAAUAAUUAUUUUUUUACUAUU